GGCGGGGCGCGCGCGGCCGGCGGCGAUGAUCGAGCAGCACAAGCGGAAGGUCCCGGGCGGCGGCCCCGGCCCCGGCCCCGCGCCCACCCCCACCCCCACUCCCGUCGCCGCCCCGGGGGCCGCCCCCGCCCCCGACCUCCCGCUCGUCCCCACAGCGGCCAAACGGCCCCGCCAUGACCUGCCCGGGGCGCCGGGCGCCGGCGGCGGCGCGGGGCAACCCCCCCCCGGGGCCCUGCUGCAGGCGGGCCCACCGCGCUGCUCCUCCCUGCAGGCCCCCAUCAUGCUGCUGUCAGGGCAUGAAGGAGAGGUGUAUUGCUGCAAGUUCCACCCCAACGGCAACACCCUCGCCUCCGCUGGCUUCGACAGGCUCAUCUUGCUGUGGAAUGUCUACGGGGACUGCGAUAACUACGCCACCCUGAAGGGACACAGCGGGGCGGUUAUGGAGCUGCACUAUAACACGGAUGGCAGCAUGCUCUUCUCAGCAUCCACAGACAAAACCGUGGCCGUGUGGGAUAGUGAGACUGGAGAGAGAGUGAAGAGACUGAAGGGCCAUACAUCAUUCGUUAACUCCUGUUACCCAGCAAGGAGAGGACCCCAGCUUGUCUGUACAGGCAGCGAUGAUGGGACAGUGAAGCUGUGGGAUAUCAGGAAAAAAGCUGCCGUCCAGACGUUUCAGAACACGUACCAGGUCUUGGCUGUGACUUUCAAUGACACCAGUGAUCAGAUCAUAUCUGGAGGCAUCGACAACGACAUUAAGGUGUGGGACCUUCGCCAGAACAAGCUCACUUACACGAUGAGAGGACACGCGGACUCGGUGACAGGCCUCAGUCUCAGUUCGGAAGGCUCCUACCUGCUCUCCAACGCAAUGGACAACACAGUUCGCAUCUGGGAUGUGCGACCGUUUGCCCCUAAAGAGAGAUGUGUAAAGAUUUUCCAGGGGAACGUACAUAAUUUUGAAAAGAAUCUCCUGAGGUGCUCUUGGUCCCCGGAUGGGAGUAAAAUCGCAGGGGGAUCUGCCGACAGGUUUGUCUACGUGUGGGACACCACAUCCAGAAGGAUUUUGUACAAGCUGCCAGGUCACGCCGGGUCGGUGAACGAAUUGGCUUUCCAUCCGGAGGAACCCAUCAUACUCUCCGCAUCCAGCGACAAAAGACUGUAUAUGGGGGAGAUCCAGUGAAGCCGACGAGGCGACGGUGGGAUUCGUGCCCUCGCAGUCUUUGGUUUACAGAAGUCGGAUUGACUUUCUUCUCACUGGUGCCAGCCCGCCCCCCCCCGCCCUUGUAGCAGUGGGAAAAUGUUGAAGCAGCUUGAUGAGACAAGCCACCCUCUCGCAGGCUGCGGUGUCUGCGUGGUCUCGCUGUACAGCUUUUUUCCACCACGCCCCCCCCCUUCUUCGGGGAGGAAGGAAAACUUAGAAUUGAAAAGAUUUUAAUUUUGGCUGUACCACCGACUAGUAUACCCUUACCCAGAUCACUUGAAAUUGGUAAAAUCUGUUUAAAUUCCACAUGUGUCUUGUAUAUUCCCUGUCGAGUUUUCUCUUGUUGGUUUUUUUUAUACGGUCAAAACUGAAAUAGAUAGCUUUUUACAAGAACUGUGUGGAUGGGAUUUAUUGUUCUGUUUUACUUCUCUAUCAUACAAUCCUAAAUCAAGGCCCUCCCUCGUAUAUAACCCGGGGAAACCAUAGACCUUAACUUCAGAAGAGCAGCUUUAUUUUUUAUUCAUGGCAAUAAAAAUGACCACACUUGAAAUAAUUAUUGGGCUAUUGCUGAAUCCUAUUUUCAUGGUUUUGAGUAAAAUCCAGCCUCCUGCUGUAAAUAAAUGUAAAGGGAGUGAGUCUUCUGUGACGGGCACAGUGUAUUCGGUGCUCGGCAGUGGGGGAACCGGCCGGGCUGCGUGUCCCCUCUCCCGAAGCAGGCUGGCAGGAGGGUGGUACGAGCUGGUGGCAGAUCCUCGGGCGGGUUAGAUCUGUCCCUCAUAGACCCGUGUCCGACUGCUGGGACAGCACAAGGGUGCCCGCACCCUGCCUCAGCUUCAGGGGGGUGGUUUAUGGGGCUGCUUCUGCCAAAUCUUGCCCUGUACCUGCUGCGUGGCUGACUCUGCUUGCUGCGCUCCUGCAGAAGGGAAUGCUCUGCCCUGACUUUUUUAGCCAAGGCUGAAACUGCCCUCGAGCCCGUGACUCGGUGCUGAGCUUCAGCUGGUCUUUGUGGGAACACACAAGGGGGCUUCCCCACGCCACAGCUCGUUGUCUGAUGUUAAUUAACUUGCUAUGAAGAGUACAUGCUGCAUGUCUCUCUUGUGUCCAUCUCAGCUGUUAGACUUUUCAUCCUUUUUUUCCCCCCACCCCGUUUGCUGCCUUGGCUCAGGUUGUAUCGAGCGUUUCUCACCUCUUGCUGCCUUUCUGCCCCAAACCAGAGGGCUGCAGUCGAGCUGGGAGGAUGGAGCGUGGACACGCGAUGCUCCCACCCCAGCGGUGCCGUGCCGUAGGACUGUCCUGCGCAGUCAUGGACAGCGUUUGACCAGGAGGACUCUGCUGCGGCCGCCAGGUAUUUAAGAGGUGGGAAAUGGGUACGGCUUGUGCAGUGACAAGGGAAGAAGCGCAGGGUCCCCUUGAGAGCGUGUCUUGCCCUGCUGUGGGCAGAAGAAAAAAGCUGGAGGAUGGCACUCUUGGGGCCAAAACAGCUUUUAAGGAGGCAGGGAGAUGUGGCUGUGUUCCCUGGGAGGCAGGGUGAUGUCUCCUGGGGUGUGUGGCACUGUCCCCAGUCCUCUUCACCUGAGCCAUGUCCUGUCAGCAGAUGGCUGCAGGCUGUCUGUAUCCUGUGGGGACACGGGACCUCACUCAGCACAGUGUUCCUCUUGAAGCCCUUGGGGCUGGAGCAGAGCUGGUCUCCGCUCCUCGUUCCUGCAUCAUCGCAGCCAAAGUGACUUUGGGAGCAGGCAGCUGGGGAUGGAGAGCACGGGAAACCAUUGAUCCCAACUGUGUCUCCUUCGCUGAUCCUCGUCAUCCGUGGGUGGUGGAUUCCAGCCUGAGGUGUGAAUGCUCGGACACAGCAGAACUCCGGGUUCAAAUCUAGGGAAGAUCAGCUUCACCAGAGCGGGUCUAGUCCCAAUCUGCUGCCGACAUCCACCUCCCAUCAUUCCGCGACUCCCAGCGGGAAUGGCAGGCAGGAGCCCGCAGGAAUGGCUGCUGCAGCCCUGGGACUCCACGGUCAUCCCUGUCCCACUGCCCUCAACAUCCGUCUGUCCCCACGGGGGGACCCGGGCACAGCUGGAGCCAGGCGUCGGGGAGGUGAUGGUGCAGACACAGGAAGACCCGUCGCCGGAUCACGGUGAAUGGAUGUUUCUAAACGCAAACAAAUCACCCUUCAGCUGAACAGGCGGGCGGAGAGAGCUGGAAGAAGGGGGAAGAUUUAUUUUUAACUCUGCAGAGUAUUAAAUAACGUGCCCUGAAACGCAUGUAAAUGAGAGCUGGGACUCCAGCCGGGAAUGCCGUGGGUUGGGAUGGACCUCCCCGGAGCCACCAACAUGGGAGCCCUGCGCCUGAGGACCGACACCGUGCCUCUGUCCCCUCGCCGAGAGCUGGCGGGCAAAGAGGGUGCUGGCACACCUUUUUUUUAGUGCUUAAUUAGACAUUGUUGUAAUCCCUGAGGGUUUAUGUUUUCAUUUGAAUAUAUGCCCAAGCAUCAGAGGGAAGACUCUUGGGGCUGAGCCAGCGGUGCCAGGAUGAUAACCCUGCGGUUUCCCAAUCUUGCUCCUUUAAAAGAAGAAAAGAGGGUUCUGUUUCCCAACCCAGGAAUCUGUAGGGAAGCAGGGAGGGCUCUGCCUUGGGUCCUGGAGGGUUUUGUUGGGCAGCGGUUGCUGCGCCUGGGGGUCCCACAGAGCCUGUGAGUCCCAUGCAGGAUGCUCAGCAUCAGGCAGUGGGGGCUGGAUGGAUCCGCAGCCCACCCAGGGGCGAGUAGGUGCCACCCCCUCUGCCCUCAGACACCCCUCCAGCGCGUCAGCGUGGGUGUCUGUGGAGCCGUGACCCAGAUCAGGGAAAUGAUCCGGAUUAACACUAAAUCCCCUGUUCCCGAGGGAGUGACUGGGGCAGGCGGCUGGUUUGCUUUGAGGGCAUCUCCCCACUGCAUGCACCAUGGCCAGCUGAGCACCAGCAAACUCGCCGCAGCAGUGGCUUCCCGGGCAGGUCCUUAUGCCCAUCCCAGCACUGCGAGCGAAAUCUCUGUUCCCCAGCACAUCCCCAACUUGUGGAUCAAAUCAGCAUCCAAUGCCAACAGGGGGUGAGGAGGGAGACUUGGGCAGUCACAGCUCGGAGUUGCCACUGCCAAUUACUGUUGGCAAUUAGGGCUGGAUCGAUGCCCACCUGUGUUGGUGACAGAUCGGACCAUGUGCUGAUGUCCCAGCCCCUGGGAAGAGCCUGAAAGUUGAUUUAGGAGAAGCACCUACCUGCUGCUAAGGGGACACGGGUUCAGUGGAUCCUAACUAUGGCCCCAGUGUGACAAAAUGUGGAUUUAAUGUAAUUUGCUGGUGGGGGGUUACUCAGCUGAGCAGGUCUAAUGCUCCACAGGGCCCAGCACAGGCUUAGGGUGCUGCACCUGGGGAGGAAUAACCCCCCUGCACCAGGACAGGUUGGGGGUGACCUGCUGGAGAGCAGCGCUGUGCAAAGAGACCUGGGAGUCCUGGUGGACAACAGGGUGACCAUGAGCCAGCAAUGGGCCCUGGUGGCCAAGAAGGCCAAUGGCAUCCUGGGGUGCAUCAAGAAGAGCGUGGCCAGCAGGUGGAGGGAGGUCAUCCUCCCCCUCUGCUCUGCCCUGGGGAGGCCACAGCUGGAGUGCUGGGUCCAGUUCUGGGCUCCCCGGGUCAAGAAGGACAGGGAACUGCUGGAGAGGGGACAGCAAAGGGCUGCCAAGGUGCUGAGG